UCAGCGAAAAAGUGGAUUUGGAAAAAAAGAGUUUUGGAUGUGUUAAUGCAAUGCAUUUAGUGAAUAAAGGCACAAACGAGAUGGGGAACAAUGUGAUAGCGUGAAUGGAGUGCCUCAUGCCUCCUGCUCAGUUGCCAGUGCUGAUUUGGCGAAUGUUUAACAGAGCGUAUUGAUUUUUACGGCUGCGGGGACUGCUACGCAUUUUGUUGUUUAUUGUUUUCCACAGCAGGUCACAACAAAAACUGCGUCGCAGGACGGUGAAGCAUGAAAGUGGGGUUUUAGCUGGAUUAAAGAACGAGAAGCCAGCCAGCGAAGCGACAUGGGUGGUUCCGUGAGCCAAGUGUUCCGUUCUGGGUCGGCACUGCUUUCACAUCGCGAUGGCCACAAAGUGUCGAAGGCAACGGAGGAGAAGAUCCAGACGCUGUUCGAAAUACUGCGUGCCAAUCCCAAAAUCUCGCUGCAAACACUCGAAAGCCUUCUGAUUCAGAUACCGAAGAACGAGAAUAUCCUGGUCAUAUACGAUGAUUGCGGAUACAACAUCCUGCAGCGCAGCGUCGGCCUAAAUCACAUUGAUCUCACCAAGUGGCUCUUGCACCGCCACCGGCCCGAUGUGAACCGUUCCCCCUGCUCCCUGCCGCUGCACAUAGCUACCCUCCGAGGCUACGAAGAAUGCGUGGAACUUCUCCUGCGCCACGGUGCGCGUAUCGACGUGGAUACCCGGAUGUGCUUCCCCGGCGCCCAUACGCACAACUGCGAGGAAAGCGGCAAGUGGCACAACAAUGUAGACGACGUCAGCGAGCGAUUGAACAACAAGCUUCAAAAUGCUCUGUGCUAUGCGAUCGAUGGCGACCAGUACAAUGUUCUGAGCCUGCUCACACAGAAGAUGGAAGAGCCUUGGAUACCGUUUCGAGCUAAAAAGCCGCUCUUGCACUUGGCCUGCGAGCGCGGUGCAUGGAAUUGUGUCCAGCAGCUGGUCCUGACGCGAUCGGAAGAGAUAAAUCUUAUCAUGGAUGAGUACUAUCCGAUACACCAUGCCGUGCUGCAUGAUGGCCGCUUUCUCGAGCUACUUAUACAGCAGGGAGCCGUGACCACAGUACGUACCUGUACCCAGCAGAUGACCUUGCUCCAUGUCGUUAUAUUUGCUGCACGUAAACCGGCCGAGGACACGCUGGCCACUCUUCGCAUCCUACUGGAACGCGGCUGCAAGGAGCUGAUCAAUGCCCCCGACUCGCUGGGGAACACGCCACUGCAUGCACUCAUCGUGCGCUAUGCUUUGGAGGAAGCUCGUUACGGCUACGACAAAUGGAGCAAGUGGGACGUUUUGUAUUUGGUGCGGUUCCUGCUGCAGAACGGAGCUAAGCAGUCCAUCAAUCAGGCGGGCAACAGUGCCAUGGCCUGUGUAUUUCGCCACCUGCGCGACUGGGAGGUCUGCUACGAGCUACUCAAUAUGCUCAUCAAGGAGGAUGGUGAUCCCAACAUUGUGGGCAGGGAUGGGUCUGUGCCCAUAAUGGUACUGUUAGUGCCGCUAAUCAACAAGGACCAUCUUCAUCAUUUUACGCAUUCAAUGAAGGUCUGCUAUCUGAACUGCAUACGCAUUUUGCUGCAGCAUGGCGCGAAUCCGAACUGUUCGUAUCGCGCCAAUCUUAAGCCGCUGCACGUUCUCGUGUUCACGGUUAGCGAGAACUUUACCCUCAAUUGUGAUGCACAGAAGCGCACAAACUUUGAUUUUAUCAAGAACAUUCUGCUGCUGCUGCUGCAGCAUGGCCUGGACUGCAACAAGACAUAUCAGCACAUUCUGCAGGCUGUCAUGGAUAUGGUGCAGAAUGUGCGCACUUGCCACGACAUGGAGUGCAUAUACGAGCUGACGCUGACGCUCAUUCAGUACGGGGCCGAUCCGAAUAUUGUGCUGAGCAGCAAGACUACGCCGGGCAUAGCGAUCUUCUCGAGCGAAAUUGCCAGCUACGGCGAGGCUCUGGGCGGCGGUGGGGCCGCCGCUGCUUUGGGGGGCGAUAACACGUUCCGCAACUCUUUCCGCACAAACUCUCGAUAUCUGCUUUUUUACUAUAUUAUACUGAUAACGAAGAAGGAAUUUAUACUCAACGAUCCGCAUUUGACGUUUACGCGUAUCAUCCAUCUCUUUUACCUGACCAUGGAGCACGAGCCGCUCUACAAUUGCCUCAAGUCGCUGCACAACUUCUACGUUGCCCAAGUUCCCAGCAAGAAGACCGAACAACUGAUUGCCCUGAUAUCCUCGCUCUACCGCAAGCCGCGCAGCCUCAAGCAACUGGCUCGCUGGGCUAUAUACGAGGCGCUGAACCGCAAACUGGCCCCAAAUGUCAAUCGCUUGAACCUGCCCAGCCCGCUCAAGGACUAUGUGCUGCAGUUCGAGAGAUAACAAGUGGGCGUCGUCGAUGUUAACCCUUAACGACCAAUGAAACCCAACCACAAAAAACUAAAAUCAAUCAUUACUGCAAUUGUUAUGUUGCCCCUAAGCUGUAUACUGAUUAAUAUGCAUAUUUACCGCAUACUAAUACACCUACGACGAGGUAUCGUAUGUGGGUAACCAAUAAUUACAAAUUAUACAUACAUACUCGUGUGUAUUUGAUAUAUGAAAACGCUUAAACGUAUGUACCUAGAGAACUACAACAACACAACUAAAAUAUUGGCAAAAUCAAAUGUGUGCAAUUUCUUUGAUACGAAUCUAUUAUUGGAAAGGAAAAGAAAGCUCAUCUACUCGUAUGUUUUGUAUUUAUAUUGUAUACGUAUUCAGAUUGUAUAGCUAUUGUAUAAUGUAUUGCGCUUUAUUGUAAACUGUAAGCACGUCCCGAAUUCGGUGCCCAGCUGCCGACAGGUGACGUCUAUUCCUAUCUGCACCGAUCCUAUCCCCUGAUACUAUCUCAUGCCGUAACCGUAUAUCGGAAUCGGAGAUCAGCAUUAACUUGAGGCUUUUGAACUGAUGAAUAUUGGGUGUUUUAGAAUAUUGUAUUGUAUUUGCAAUUGACGAGAUGUUAUAUAAUAAAUAUUGUCAUUAUUGUUGCUAAAAAGUUGUUAAUCUCUGUAUCUGCAAUGUAAUUUCAAUCGAAUGAAUAACGAUCAAUCAAUAAAUAAAGAAAUUUUUCGCCAUCGUAA